UUUCAUUAGCAGCAGCUGCAUUGUGGAACAAACACCUUCCCAAGGAAAUUCCUCCAGGAGAAACAUUAUCAAGGCCUUGCACUAUCAGGAAGCAUGAAGUACUAUUUUUCAUCCAGAAACUUUUUCUUUGCCCUCUUGUUCUUUGAGUUAGUCUGUCUGGGUUUGGGCAAUCGAUUGCCAUACUUCAUAAAUUAUUUCUUUGACACCUACCUGUUGAUUAAUGAAGAUACACCAGUGGGUUCAUCAGUGACACAGUUGCUUGCCCGUGACCUAGACAAUGACCCCCUUGUAUUUGGAGUUGUUGGUGAGGAAGCCAGCCGAUUCUUUGCAGUAGAAAGCAUGACUGGAGUUGUAUGGCUCAGACAGCCCUUGGACAGAGAGACUAAGUCAGAAUUUACAGUUGAAUUUUCUGUCAGCGACAGCCAAGGGGUAAUCAAAGGGUCAGUGAAUAUCCAAGUGGGAGAUGUGAAUGACAACGCACCAAGAUUUCAUAAUCAGCCGUACAGUGUCCGGAUCCCUGAGAAUACACCAGUGGGAACUCCUAUUUUCAUAGUAAAUGCCACAGAUCCAGACCAAGGUGCCGGUGGAAGUGUGCUUUAUUCUUUCCAGCCUUCAUCAAACUUCUUCACCAUUGACAGUGGUCGUGGCAUUGUGUCAGUCAUUCGAGCACUGGAUUAUGAAGUCACUCAAGCCUACCAGCUUCAGGUCAAUGCUACAGACCAAGACAAAACCAAACCUCUCUCCACCCUUGCCAAUCUUGCAAUCACCAUCACAGAUGUGCAGGAUAUGGACCCAAUCUUUAUAAACCUACCCUACAGUACAAAUAUCUAUGAGAACUCUCCUCCGGGUACAACUGUACGUAUGAUAACUGCAAUUGACCAGGAUAAAGGACGUCCCAGAGGUAUUGGAUAUUCCGUUGUCUCAGGCAACACCAACAGUAUCUUUGCACUGGACUACAUCAGUGGUGCUUUAACUCUGAAUGGGCCACUGGACCGAGAAAAUCCUUUCUACGGUGCUGGAUUUAUUCUUACAGUGAAGGGAACAGAGCUGAAUGAUGACCGCACACCAUCCAAUGCAACCGUGAUGACUACCUUCAACAUUCUUGUUAUCGACAUAAAUGACAAUGCACCAGAGUUUAACAGUUCAGAAUAUAGUGUGGCUAUUCCUGAAUUGGCUCAAGUGGGCUUUGCUCUUCCACUUUUCAUCCAAGUGCAAGACAAAGAUGAGGGACUCAACAGUGUUUUCGAAGUUUACCUGGUGGGAAACAACUCAAACCAUUUUAUCAUAUCCCCAACUUCAAUUCAAGGAAAGGCAGAUAUCCGGAUUCGCGUUGCAGUGCCUCUGGAUUUUGAGACAAUCUCUCGUUAUGAAUUUUCGCUGUUUGCAAAUGAGAGCCUGCCAGACCAUGUUGGCUUUGCACGGGUGAAAAUUAACCUCAUCAAUGAAAAUGACAACCGCCCAAUAUUUAGCCAAGUUCUGUACAACAUCACCCUCUUUGAAAAUGUCACUGUGGCAACUACAGUCCUGAGAGUUCUGGCAACAGACAAUGAUGUUGGUUCUUAUGGAAAAGUCAGCUAUUUUUUCAGUGAUGAUCCAGACAGAUUCUCAUUAGACAAGGAUACAGGCGUAAUCACAUUGAUUGGUCGUCUGGAUUUUGAGACAACUCAACGUUAUACACUGACUGUCAUUGCCAGAGAUGGGGGUGGGGAAGAAACAACCGGGAGAGUUAGGAUUAAUGUCCAGGAUGUCAAUGACAACAUCCCCACAUUCCAGAAGGAUUCUUAUUUGGGGGCUCUGCGGGAAAAUGAGCCUUCAGUUACUCAGGUCGUCCGUGUGAGGGCAUCAGAUGAGGAUUCUCCUCCAAAUAACCAGAUUACAUAUAGCAUUGUAUAUGCUUCCAUAUUCCGAAAUUACUUUGAAAUUAAUUUGUCUGAUGGCUAUGGAGUGAUAAGUGUUGUCCGCCCUCUGGAUUAUGAGCAAGUUCUCAAUGGUGUCAUUUACUUGACUGUAAUGGCUAAAGAUGCAGGUAUCCCACCACUCAACAGCACUGUCCCCAUCACCAUUGAAGUGUUUGAUGAAAAUGACAAUCCACCCACAUUCAGCAAACCUUCCUAUAUUGUCACAGUCAUGGAGGAUAUAAUGGCAGGAGCAACAGUGCUAUUUCUAAAUGCCACUGAUUUGGACCGAUCCAGAGAAUACGGCCAAGAAUCUAUUAUCUACUCCUUGGAAGGGUCUUCACAUUUUAGAAUCAACGCUCGCUCAGGUGAAAUCACCACAACCUCACUUUUGGACCGAGAAGCUAAAUCAGAAUAUAUACUUAUUGUUCGGGCAGUGGAUGGUGGUGUGGGUCACAACCAAAAAACUGGCAUUGCCACUGUAAACAUCACUUUGUUGGACAUAAAUGAUAACUACCCAGUAUGGAAGGAUGAGCCAUACUUCAUCAAUCUAGUGGAGAUGACUCCGCCAAACUCUGAUGUCACAACAGUAGUAGCUUUUGACCCAGACCUUGCAGAAAACGGCUCCCUUGUAUACAGCAUCCGACCACCAAAUAAAUUCUACAGCCUUAACAACACUACAGGGAAAAUUCGCACAACUGGAGUUGUAUUGGACAGAGAGAACCCAAACCCCCAGGAAGCUGAGCUCAUGAGGAAGAUUGUAGUCUCCGUCACCGACCGAGGUAGACCACCACUACGGGCCACUAGCAGUGCCACGGUGUUUGUCAACUUGCUGGAUCUCAAUGACAAUGACCCUACCUUCCAGAAUUUACCUUUUAUCACUGAGAUACCUGAAGGUCUUCCAGCAGGAUCAUCUGUUUUUCAGGUGGUAGCUAUUGAUCUUGAUGAAGAUGUAAAUGGUCAAGUUUUGUACCGCAUGCAGGUAGGCAUGCCUAGGAUGGACUUCGUCAUCAACAGCAGUAGUGGUCUUAUCAACUCCACAGCUGUGCUAGAUAGGGAAAGGAUUGCUGAAUACUAUCUACGGGUGAUUGCAAGUGAUGCCGGAGUGCCAUCCAAGAGUUCUACCAGCACACUCACUGUCCGAGUUUUAGAUGUGAAUGAUGAGAACCCCACCUUCUUCCCAGUCGUCUACAACGUGUCGCUUCCAGAAAAUAUACCUCGUGAUUUUAAAGUGGUUCGUUUGAAUUGUACUGAUGCGGAUACAGGUCUCAAUGCUGAGCUCAGCUAUUUCAUUACAGGUGGGAAUCAGGAUGGAAAGUUCAGUGUUGGUUUUAGAGAUGGAGUAGUCAGGACAGUCGUCAACCUUGAUCGAGAAACCAUGCCAUCUUACACACUCAUACUGGAGGCCAUUGAUAAUGGCCCCACAGGCAAACGGAGAACUGGGACAGCAACUGUGCAUGUCACUGUGCUGGAUGUUAAUGACAACCGACCCUACUUUCUUCAGAGCAGUUACGAAGCUACUGUCCCCGAAGACAUCCCAGACUACAGCAGCAUAGUACAGGUGAAAGCCACAGAUGCUGAUGAAGGUAUUAAUGGUCGUGUGUGGUACAGGAUUGUCAAAGGAAACCAUUUCAACAACUUCCGGAUCAAUCCUAGCAGUGGGCUGGUCAUGCGGGGCUUGCGAGUGCUUGACAGAGAACGCAAUUCUUCUCAUGUUCUUGAAGUGGAAGCCUACAACAGUGAACAAGGACCAAUGAGGAGCUCUGUUAGGGUAAUAGUAUAUGUGGAAGAUGUCAAUGAUGAAGUGCCAGUGUUUACUCAAAGGCAAUAUAACCGUUUGGGUUUGCGAGAGACUGCUGGAAUUGGGACAUCUGUUGCAGUUGUCCGAGCAACAGACCGAGACACAGGAAAUGGAGGUCUGGUGAAUUACAAAAUUGUUUCCGGUUCUGAGGGAAAGUUUGAAAUUGAUGAGAGCACUGGCCUCAUUACCACAGUUGACUAUCUUGACUAUGAGACCAAAACCAGCUACCUGAUGAAUGUUUCAGCCACAGACCAAGCACCUCCACACAACCAGGGUUUCUGCAGUGUCUAUGUCAGCCUCCUCAAUGAAUUGGAUGAAGCUGUGCAGUUCUCAAAUGUCACUUAUGAAGCAGUGAUCACAGAGAACAUCCCCUUGGGAUCAGAAGUUCUUCGUGUCCAAGCCCGAUCCAUUGACAACCUUAACCAAAUCACAUACAAGUUUGACCCUAAUACUAAUGCCCAAGCACUAUCUUUGUUCAGAAUAAAUGGAAUUACUGGUGUGAUCACAGUCAAAGGGCAAGUGGAUCGAGAGAAGGGUAAUUUCUACACAUUAACUGUUGUUGCAGAUGACGGAGGUCCAAAGCUUGAUUCAACAGUGAAGGUUACGAUCACCAUCUUGGAUGAGAAUGACAACAGCCCACAGUUUGACAUUACUUCUGACUCAUCUGUGAGUGUAGCAGAGGACAGUUCUGUUGGACGUCGAAUCGCUCUGGUUUUGGCCAGAGACCCUGAUGCAGGAAGCAACGGUCAGGUUGUCUUUUCAUUGGUCUCUGGAAACAUAGGCCGGGCCUUUGAAAUUCAUACAACAAACAACACCUAUGGAGAAGUGUUUGUGGCUAGACCAUUGGACCGGGAACUGAUAGACCACUACACUUUAAAGAUUCAAGCAUCUGACAGAGGUGUCCCACCUCGCAGGAAAGAACAUACCUUAAGAGUGAAUAUACUGGAUGUUAAUGAUAACCCACCAGUAAUUGUUAACCCAUACGGAUACAAUGUUAGCGUUAAUGAGAAUGUGGGUGGAGGUACUGCUGUGACCCAGGUACGAGCAACUGACAGGGACAAUGGCCUCAACAGUGUCCUCUCCUACUACAUCACUCAUGGGAAUGAGGAACUAACCUUCCGCAUGGAUAGAGUGACUGGGGAAAUUGCCACCCGCCCUUCCCCUCCAGACCGUGAGAGACAACAGUUUUACCAGUUGGUGGUCACUGUAGAGGAUGAAGGAAACCCAGCUCUCUCGGCAACUACUACUGUGUAUGUCACCAUCAUAGAUGAGAAUGACAAUGCUCCAGUAUUUCGGCAGCAACAAUAUGAAGUCACAUUGGAUGAGGGCCCGGGCACACUCAAUGCCAUCCUUAUCACCAUCAAUGCGCUGGAUCUCGAUGAAGGUCCAAAUGGUACAGUUAUUUACACCAUCACAGAGGGGAACAUCAUGGGUACCUUUCACAUAAACAGCACUACGGGACAAAUCUGCACCAUGAAGGAACUGGACUAUGAAAUCAGCCAUGGUCGUUAUACACUAUUAGUCACAGCCACAGACCAGUGUCCGAUUCUUUCACGAAGGCUCACAUCUACUGCAACGGUUUUAGUGAACUUGAACGAUAUAAAUGACAAUCAACCAACAUUCCCACGUUCUUACGAGGGCCCCUUUGACAUCACAGAAGGACAGCCCGGUCCAAGAGUGUGGACUUUUUUGGCUCAUGAUGGGGAUUCAGGUCCAAGUGGACAAGUGGAAUACAGCAUUAUUGCAGGAGAUCCUCUUGGAGAAUUUGUGAUCUCCCCUGUUGAAGGAGAGCUACGUAUUCGGAAGGAUGCUGAGCUUGAUCGAGAAAACAUUGCUUUUUAUAACCUCACCAUUGCUGCCAGAGACAGGGGUGUGCCUCCUCUCAGUUCCACUGUUGUGGUGGGAGUGCGAGUCCUGGACAUUAAUGACAAUGAUCCUGUCCUUCUGAACUUACCGAUGAAUCUCACUCUCAGAGAAAACGCACCCAUCGCCAGUGUUGUCACCCGCAUCUUUGCCAGGGAUGCUGACUAUGGCAGGAAUGCUCUUUUAACCUUCAGCAUCACAGCAGGGAAUAUAGACAAUGCUUUCUACAUAAAUGGCACUACUGGGAUUAUUUACGUAAACCAUCCUUUGGACAGAGAGCGGGUAUCAGAAUAUAGACUGACAGUGACAGUGAAGGACAACCCAGAAAAUUCACGCAACGCGAGGCGGGAUUUUGAGUUGCUGGUGAUUUCAAUAGCAGAUGAAAAUGAUAACCGUCCCCUCUUUACUCAGAGUUCUUACCAAGCUGAAGUGCUGGAAAAUUCACCCCCAGGUACUCGCAUCACAGUUCUUAAUGGGCCAAUUCUAGCUUUGGACAACGACCAAGGUGUUAAUGCAGUGGUGACAUACCAGCUCCUUGGAGCAGCAGUGGAUCUCUUCUCCAUUAACAAUGAAACAGGUGCCAUUGUGGUGAAACCAGGGCAGAUGAUAGACAGAGAAGUUUUCUCAAAUCCAGUCUUGGAGUUUCUGCUGGUUGCAAUGGAUGUUGGCAAGUUCAACAGCACUGCUACCCUGACGGUGGCUAUUCUGGAUGACAACGACAACCAACCAGCCUUUCAUCCAGCAGUGUUGACAGCUCGACUUCUGGAAAAUAGCCCUCCAGGUAUUUCUGUCCUUCGGGUUACAGCAACUGACAUGGAUAGUGGCCUCAACCAGCAGCUGAACUAUCGGAUUGAAAGUGGAGCUCAAGACAAGUUCUUGAUCAACGCUAACACUGGGGUGAUCAGUGUGGCUAACACCACUAUAGACAGAGAAGAAAAGGACAACUACCGGUUGACCGUGGUUGCCGUGGAUCGGGGCACGCCACCUCUCUCUGGCACAGCCACUGUGAACAUCCUUAUUGACGACAUCAAUGACUCUCAGCCAGAGUUCGUCAACCCCAUCCACACUGUUAGUGUACCUGAAUCAGCUACUGUGGGCACGCUUAUUGCCGAGGUGACUGCAAUUGACAGAGACCUUAAUCCCCGGCUGGAAUAUUACCUUAUUGAAAUCCUGGCCAAGGAUGAUACAGAUGCUCUUGUGCCAGACCAGCAGGGAGCUUUUGCAGUGGAUUUUAGAACAGGUGCUGUGAAAGUAAAAUCCACACUAAAUAGGGAACUGGUGGCUACUUACGAAGUUACAAUCUCUGUUUAUGACAAUGCCAGUGAUGUGGUUGAUCGUUCAGUUAGUGUGCCAAAUGCCAAACUGACAGUAAAUGUUUUGGAUGUCAAUGAUAAUGCUCCUCGGUUCCGCCCUUUCGGGGCAACAUAUUUCACAGAGAGGAUCCUGGAAGGGGCCACUCCGGGGACCACGUUGAUAUCUGUGUCUGCUAUAGAUCCAGAUAAAGGUGUUAAUGGACAGAUCACCUAUGAGAUACUCAACCUCUCCCCUGAGGGAUAUCUCCAGCUUGAGGAUAUCUCAGCAGGAAAGGUAGUUUCCAACAGGACAGUGGAUUAUGAAGAGGUCCAGUGGCUGAACUUCACUGUUCGGGCCUCAGAUAAUGGAACUCCACGAAAAUUGGCUGAGAUGCCAGUGUACCUAGAAAUUGUUGAUAUCAAUGACAACAACCCCAUCUUCAGCCAACCGUCCUACCAGAAGCCUGUCUUUGAAGAUGUCCCACUAGGCACGAUCAUCCUGAGAGUCCGAGCCACUGAUGCUGAUUCUGGACGCUUUGCCCAAAUCCAGUACAGCUUGGGAGAUGGAGAGGGCAAGUUUGGAAUCAAUCCCAAUACGGGGGAUAUCUACAUUCUAUCAGCAUUAGACCGAGAAAAGAAAGAUCAUUACACAUUGACUGCUGUUGCCAGAGAUAAUCCAGGAGAUAUUUCCAGUAACCGGCGGGAGAACUCUGUGCAGGUAUUGAUUACAGUUUUGGACAUCAAUGACUGCCGGCCCCAAUUUGCCAAAAAACAAUACAGCACUAGUGUGUAUGAAAAUGAGCCUGCAGGGACCUCUGUGAUUACAAUGAGUGCUACUGACCAUGAUGAGGGAGACAAUGGAGUGGUGACAUACAAUAUGGAAGGACCUGGUGUAGAGGCUUUCAAAAUUCAUAAAGACUCUGGGCUCAUAACAACACGCAGACGUCUGCAGUCUUAUGAAAGGUUCAACCUGACUGUGGUGGCCACUGACAAAGGACGGCCACCACUCUGGGGGACAACUAUGCUCCAAGUGGACGUUAUUGACAUCAAUGAUAAUCGACCUAUGUUUAUCCGCCCUCCUAAUGGCACCAUAUUACAUAUUAAAGAGGAAAUCCCCUUGCGAUCAAAUGUGUAUGAAGUGUAUGCCACAGACAAGGAUGAGGGACUCAAUGGAGCUGUGCAAUACACCUUGCUCAAAACUGGAGCAGGGAACAAAGACUGGGAACACUUCACCAUUGACCCCAACAGUGGACUUAUUCAGACAGCCAUGAGAUUGGAUCGUGAGAAGCAAGCUGUGUACAGUUUGAUCAUUGUGGCAUGCGAUCAAGGGCAACCACCAUAUGAAACCAUGCAGCCCCUCCAAGUAGCACUGGAAGAUAUAGAUGACAACGAACCAGUAUUCAAGAGGCCGCCUAGAGGGAGUCCUUCUUACCAGGUUCAUUCUGUGCCUGAACACUCCCGUCCUGGUACCAUUGUGGGAAAUGUCACUGGAGCAGUGGAUGCUGAUGAGGGCUCCAAUGCUGUUGUCUAUUACUUCAUUGCAGCUGGUAACAGAGACAACAAUUUCCAGUUGAAUCGGGAAGGGAAAUUGCAGGUGAUGCGGGACUUGGAUCGAGAGAAAGAAGCUUUCCACUCUAUCAUUGUCAAAGCCUCAAGCAAUAGGAAUUGGACACCUCCUCAGGGUCGCCGGGCUGCCAGGCUCCAAGCCAUGGACCUCAGCACAGAUGCCACUCUCCAGGAAGUACGGAUCUUCCUGGAGGAUAUUAAUGACCAGCCUCCCCGGUUCACCAAGUCAGAAUACACAGCAGGGGUUGCAACAGAUGCAAAGGUGGGUUCUGAACUGAUCAAACUUGCUGCCCUGGAUGCUGAUGUGGGAAAUAAUAGCCUUGUCCUGUACAACAUUCUGGAGAUCCGCUACAUCAAGCAGCAUUCCAACGACACUGAAGAGGUGGCCAACAUUUUCAGCAUAGGUAACUUAGAUGGGAUACUUCGGACUUUUGAUCUCUUCACCGCUUACAGCCCUGGCUACUUUGUGGUGGAUAUCAUGGCUUCAGAUCUGGCUGGUCACAAUGACACUGCAGUUGUAGGAAUCUAUAUUCUACGAGAUGAUCAGCGGGUAAAGAUCAUAAUCAACGAGAUCCCCGACAAAGUACGGCAGUUUGAGGAAGAGUUCAUAAGCCUCCUAUCUAAUAUCACGGGAGCCAUUGUCAAUACAGAUGAUGUGCAGUUCCAUGUUGACAAAAAAGGCCGCGUGAACUUUGCCCAAACAGAAUUGCUGAUCCAUGUGGUGAACCGGGAAACCAAUCGAAUUCUGGAUGUGGAACGAGUAAUACAGAUGAUAGAUGAGAAUAAGGAACAGUUGCGGAAUCUAUUCCGGAAUUACAAUGUCUUGGAUGUGCAACCAGCCAUCACUGCCAGAGCUCCGGAUGACCUAUCAGCACUACAGAUGGCAAUAAUCAUUCUGGCUAUUCUCCUCUUCCUGGCAGCCAUGUUGUUUAUCCUCAUGAAUUGGUACUACAGAUCAGUACACAAAAGAAAAUUAAAAGCGAUUGUGGCUGGUUCCACAGGUAACCGGGGCUUCAUGGACAUCAUGGAUAUGCCAAACACAAACAAAUAUUCCUUUGAUGGAGCAAACCCUGUGUGGUUGGACCCUUUCUGCAGAAAUCUGGAACUUGCAGCCCAAGCUGAACAUGAGGAUGACUUACCUGAGAACCUAAGUGAAAUCACAGACCUGUGGAAUAGUCCAGCAAGAACUCAUGGAACAUUUGGACGAGAGCCUUCUGCUGCCAAACCUGAAGAUGAUCGCUAUCUACGAGCAGCCAUCCAGGAGUAUGAUAAUAUUGCCAAGCUCGGCCAGAUCAUGCGAGAAGGGCCUAUCAAGGGCUCUCUCUUAAAGGUAGUCUUGGAUGAUUACAUGCGGCUGAAAAGACUACUUGCUGAGAGGAUGGUGCAUAAAGCCACCACCAGUAAUGGGGACCAAUCUUCGGUCUCUGAGCUAAUCCAGAAUGAUUUGGAUGAAGAUGAUGAGCAAAGGAGCCCCAGCCAAGGAAGCCUCCGCUUUCGACACAAGCAGCCCAUUGAGCUCAAAGGGCCUGAUGGAAUCCACAUGGUCCAUGGCAGCACAGGCACCCUGCUGACCUCUGACCUCAACAGCCUUCCUGAAGAUGACCAGAAAGUGCUAGGCCGUUCCUUAGAGACACUGACUGCCGAUGGUGGGGCAUACUGUGACAGAAAUGCCCGCACUGAAUCUGCCAAAUCCACUCCUAUGCACAAGAUGAGGGAUGUAAUCAUGGAGAGCCCAUUGGAAAUCACAGAGUUAUGACUAGAAGUGGCAUCACUGGUGUAGAACGCCAAGGAAGAACUGGGCCCACAUAGACCAUCACUGCAAGAGGGAGAGCACGCACUGCAGGACAAAUGUGGCAGAAGAAAAUCUAGAGGGCAAGAUUGCCAGGGCCUGGCCACCACCCAUUCCAGAGAAAAACCUGACCAAGAUAGCCAAGUGUUUUGUUACGGCAGCCUUGGGGAGCCUAGACCUAAUGGUGUAGGUUCUCCAGACUUGCUUUUACCUGGCACUCACACCAUUACUUCCAUAACUUUUUUAAAUUUUUAUUUUUAAAAUAUGAAGUGUUUUGAGAAGCAGUGGGAGGCCCUGAGGCACAAACCUAAGGCAAGAAUUGCAAUAAUCAUGGUGCCAUGUCCCAUCAAGGGAGUCCAGUUGGCUCUCCAACGUGUCCUGGAUUGCAUCAGCAGGUUUCUCCUGCCCCCAUGUUGAUGGUUGGGAGAGUGGGCUGCCAAGCAAAUGCAGCUAAGAUUAUCCUAAGACUAUCAAUGAACACACAGGGAGUGUGUGAAAAACUUCAGGAAGCUCCACAAAUCAGUUUGGCAUUCAUCUAUGUUGUCAUAUUUUCAAAAGUGGGGUGGGGGGAGAUGAAGUCAUUUCUUCAUUUGGCUGGCUUACCAAAACACUGCAGCAUCAGAAGAAACAGAGUGAAAUUAAUUCAGAUUCUGAAUAUAGAGUGUUUGUGUGUAAUUUUAUUUUACUCUUCUUUUUGUUUUAAAGCAGUAAAGUGUUGAGAGUUUUUGGAAUGGUCUGUCAAAGGAACCAGAAAUACAUUAUACAUAAAUUUGGUUAA